CGUUUCGUUUCGUUUCGUUUCGUUUCGUUUCGUUUUUAUAUUGAACCGCCCCUCUUUCCUUUGGCUCGGUUUAUUGCAGGAAUUCUGCAGCUAAAAAAGUGCAAGAGAACCACUUCACAACAAAAUUUAUAUCGCCCGAAGGGCUUCCAGUUAAGCACUUUCAAUACUACCCUAGAGUCCCUGAAUAGCUACUAUAACUACCAUCUCUUUGCGAAAAGAAUAAAACCCUCCACCAACCCCCCAAACAGAGAAAUUCAUACUUUGGGUUUUGGCCAACGUUCAGCUGAAUUGAGACAAAGCUGCUGCAUUUGUCUUAUUGCGCGUGGAAUCCCGUCGGUAUAAGAGGUGGGAUGCGUUUGUGGAUAGAUCAUCUGAGUUGCUGACCUUUCUCAAUUGAUUCGAAGAGACUACCCUACCCCGCUGUUGAUGUUUGGGAGAAAGCGCCUCCUUUGUUCCUCUCAUUUUUGUCUAUGAACAUAUUCUCUUCAUUCAAUUUCGAACAUUGAAUUCAUCAACCAAUUGACUUGAAGCCCCGCCAAUUCAAACCAAACUUCCUCGAUUGAAGACAGGUUUCUUUCCGAAAUUCGAAACCUCCAAGUCUUGUUGUCUUGCUUUGGUUCUCUUGCUUCGGGUGGCUGCAAGGUACUCUAGCCUAGGAGGGUCGGCUUGCAUAAAUCCCUGGCAUUGUACCGACGGCAGGAAAGCCGAAAACUGAAGAAACGAAAAGCAUCAUGAAUGCUCAAAUAUCAUUUAUUAAAGGCGAAUUCAGCCUAAUCCACAUACCACUACCUCUAUACUCUUUGCUGUUGCAGCCAAUUCUGAGAGUUCUGCUACCAUACAAGGAAGCAGAUCCAGCAUCUGAGAAUGAAGAUGAUGAAGAAAGCUUAGUGUUUGAUCAAGAACAUGGUUUUCUCAAUAUCAGUGUAACACCAAUCGAAUGCUCAGUUGUCUGUCAUAAGUCUUGGGCGGAAAGUGUCUUUCAACCAAUUAUCGAUGCUUUGCCCAAAGAUGAAAAUAAUCAGGUUCAGAUAUCAACGGAUAGCUACAUUGUCUUUUCCGUAGACAGUACUGGUACUGAUGCAGGCCAAAGAGUCAUGGAUCUCACCUCACCUCUUGCCAUGGCUGGCGUGCCCAUAUUUUUCAUCACAACCUACUUCACAGAUUUCAUCCUCGUCCCCUCUAAAGACCGCCACAAAGUCGGCCAAACCCUUCUCUCCCGGGGGUUCGAAUUCUCCGAAGAAGAAUCCGCUUACGUGGUCCCCACCCCAACAUCUCACUCCCGAGGCCCUAGUUCCAAUUCCAACCCGCCAUCCACUCCUCCCCCCUCCAACAUCGCCGAACUCCAAGCCCGCACCUUCAAACAUCUCAAGCGGAGAAAUGUAAAACCGUUCGUGCAGCCCGGUCUCCACCUCAUCCAGUGUUCCGGUCGCGACCGCGAGAUCGAAGAUCGUCCCAUCUCAAACGGUAAUGGAAAUGGUACGCAUACCUCUUCCCCUCUGGAUAAACUCAACACCCGUCUCUACAUCUCCAUUAUCUCGGCGCUGCUCCACCAACCCACUUUCCUCUCCCUCACCAUCUCUCUCGAAGAAGGCUCUUCUCUCCUCCUCGACAAAUCUCUCCUCCCUCUUUUUGGAAACUCGAUUCAAGGAGACACGGACGGGGAUCUCGUGCCGAUUUUCCUGGAUCUGGUGGAUUUACCAUUGGAAAGUACGGGCAUUGUGUGUGGCGUGGCGGGGAAACUGGUCGAUGAGAUGCGCAUGAAUGAUCAGCCGGAGGAAGAGGGCGGGUGUAUGUUUGGAAGGGAAUUAUCAUAUUUGAGUACGGCGCGAGCGGGCGCAGUGGUGCUAAGUGGUGGGGGGAGUGAGAGGGCAUUGGAUAUGUUGGGGGGGUUGCUAGAUCGGGAGGUUGGGGGGUGA